UGGACGAAAUUAAGGGAGUGUUUGCAAUUGCUUCAACUUUAAAAAAGUGAUUUUUUAAAGUGAUUUGGGGAAAAGUGAUUAAUAGUAAAAGUUGGUAGUGUUUGAGAAAAAAAGGGAUUCUGAAAAAGUAAAAGUUGGUAGUGUUUGGUAAAAUAAGUACUUUUUGUGUAAUAGAAAAAGUGAAAAGCAGUUUAAAGCACCCUUCCACCUGCUUCCAGCUUUUAGCUUUUAAGUGAUUAAUUUAAGCAGAAGUUGUCAUUUGAAAACACUCUUUUUAACUUUUUUUAAGCCAAAAGCUGAAAAGUGCUUUUUUUAAUCAAAUACUCCUUAAAUAAAAUGAUGCAUCCUUGCCUAGCCGCCUAUGUUUAGUCGAACUACGAAGGCCCAAAACAUAUGGGCCAAGUAGGCCAGUAUUGAAAGCUAGAGUUACAGUUCAUUGCUAUUGCAGAGAAAUUGAAAACGGAUCGGGGAAGAAGAUGGAGGUGGGAGUCCACAUGUAUCCAUGCCUCUUUCUAGGUAAAUGCAUUCGUGGCUAUAUGGCGGCCCGAAAAGUCUUAAAGUGAUCCCUUUUCUUUUUCAUCUUUUCUCUUCUUCCCUCAUUUCCGGUUUAUAUACGCUAACAGAACGCGAAGAUGGGAGUUUGACCCGAGGUCCAUUCCAUUAGGUAGACCUCACCCGCACUACGGUAUACCUCCCUCCACCCAACAUCACCAUCGCUUCUUCAGAGAGACCCAAAAUCUGAGAAGAGGCGGCUAUUCCCUCCAAUCACCUAAUUUUAUUCCGACGGAGAGCGACCAACGAUGGCUGAUCGGCAAACUGACGUCGACUAUCUGUUUGCUGCUCUCAAGCGCGCUAUUCGCCAGCCACCUCCUGCUGCUAACUGCAUUGACCUUGACGACACCGAGGAGGAUGGGGAGGAGGAAGAUGAUUAUGACGAAGACGAUGAGUACAGGAGGAUCGAUGAUGACUAUGGAAAGGCGGAAUUGGCAUGCCCGUUUUGUUCGGAUGACUAUGAUGUUCUGGGAUUGUGCUGUCAUAUUGAUAGUGAGCAUCGUGUGGAGAUUAAAUCCGGGAUAUGUCCAUUCUGUGCUUCAAAUGAGGGGAUGAGCAUGGCUGCACAUGUGAUUUCACAACAUGAAAAUAUCUUGAGGGCUCUUGCUAAAAAGAAGCUUCAGAACAACAGAGUGCAUUCAGGUAUAUCAUCGCUGAGGAAAGAGUUGCAGAAUUUAAGUUUGCAUCAUCAUCUCAAGGAGUUCAGUCGCUCUGAUUCAUCCUCAAAUGGUGCUGCUGCUGGUGAUAGUAUGAUGCUAUCAUUUGUCAACAACCAAAAAUCAUCUGGCAGGGUUGAAACCACACCAGUUAAAAAGACAGAUGAAACAAGCUCACUUGAAACAAGUGAGGAAAAUUUAAUUUGUGAGAGAGGUGGCCAAGCUGCUAGUAGAAUGGACAAGAACCAAGAGGAGAAGCUCCAAAGAUGUGAAUUUGUGCAUGAGAUAUUGUUAUCUACCAUGCUGGAUGACUUUUUAUGAUAGAAAAAGGACACUCUUAUGACCGGAAGCAAUCAGUCCUUUGCAUAUGCUAAGCUUGGAGGAUUCUUGAUUAAAUGAAGUGUGCUAAUACAUUAGCAACAAACCAACACGGUGCAAAUAUAUUAUAAUCUGAUUGACUAAAAGUUGAUCAGCUUGAGAAGUAUAGCAAUCCCCCCAAGUCCUUCAGUGCAGCCCCUGCUCUGUUUUUUUUCUUUGGUUGGCUCUAGCAUAAGUUAAGUGUCUGAUAAGAACCACAAUGAUCAUGUAAUUGGUGACUAUGGGUAAGAGAUGUACUCCAUGUAUUGUAAGUCACUAUUAGGAGUUCAAACAAAAAUACACUAUCUUUCUUAGUUUUUAAUUAGUAAUAAUCUUAGUUGCUGCAAAUUCAGGUGCAAUUUCUACAGCUUCUUUAGGCGUCAUAUAUCUAGAUUUUUUUUAUUUGUUACUAAAGUUCGAUUUUUGAAGUUUGAAUUGUGAAUGUAUUAUUAUUUGUGAUAUAUUAGGCCUUUAUACUUC